AUUCUGCAUAAUUUUCAUUGUUUUAUAAUUAAACCGAUUUCACGAAUAAAAAUUUUUAAUUUGACUUGCGUUCUUUUCACAUUUGCACCUCUGGCCAACAUGGCGGCAUCGCUUGGACGUAUUUGUCGAUCUGGAUUUUUAAAAUCUAACAAUGGAAGUCUAUUUUACAGGCUAGUCAAUUCUCGACAGUUAAAGACUGGUCCAGAGGUCGGAAGGCGAUGGUUUCAUGUUUGGGUGUAGCCGUUGGAGGUGUUGGAGCAUUAAUUUAUUCAUUAGAGCAGUCAGUAAAAGCAUUUGAAUUGAUUGCUCAUCCUCCACACUACCCCUGGAGUUGGGAAGGUUUUGUAAAUUCGCUCGAUCAUGCAAGUAUGAGGCGAGGAUGGGAAGUUUACAAAAAUGUUUGCUCAGCUUGUCAUAGUUUGAAAUUCGUCGCUUUCCGUCAUCUUAUUAAUGUAACGCAUACAGAAGAUGAAGUUAAAGCUAUAGCUGAAGAAUAUCAAAUAAAAGAUGGUCCUGAUGACAAAGGAGAGUAUUUCAUGCGGCCAGGAAAGGCAUCAGAUUAUAUUCCUAAUCCUUAUCCAAAUGAAGAAGCAGCUCGUGCUGCUAAUAACGGAGCCUAUCCACCAGAUCUUUCGUACAUUAUUAACGGAAGACACAAUGGGGAGAAUUACGUCUUUUCAUUGUUAACUGGAUUCUGUGAUCCGCCUGCCGGAAUCUCACUUCGAGAAGGUCAAUACUUUAACCCCUACUUCCCUGGAGGUGCUAUUGGUAUGGCUCCGCCCCUCUACGAUGAAGUAAUUGAAUUCGAGGAUGGAACUCCAGCAACAACAUCUCAACUUGCUAAAGAUAUAAGCACUUUCCUUAUGUGGACAUCAAAUCCUGAGCAUGAUGAACGAAAAUAUUUAUCUAUAAAGACUCUUGCAGUUGGUAUAAUACUAAUAGCUGGAUGUUACUGGAUGAAGAGACACAAGUGGACAACUGUCAAAUCUACCAAACUAGCAUUCAUCCCUAAAAACAAACAGCAGUAG